AAAUGCAGUCCCUUUAUGUUUUGUCCUGCAGGCUGCCCGUUCGUCUCGGAAAUCGUCUCCAGCUCAAGCGAGCCAGCAGAAGGCCAGAAAGUCACCCUGACCUGUGACAUAAGCCAAUUCAGCCCCAAGAAAAUUGAGGUCUCCUGGCUUAAAGAUGGCAACCCUGUGAAGAGUGGCGUGAGCACAUCACAGCCAGCUGCCCAAGCCGACAGCACAUACAAACUUACAACAAAACUGGCUGUGACGGCCGAGAAGAGUGGCGGGCUUUUCAGCGUCCUCGUCAAACACCAGACUCUGGGUGAUGAGCCGAUUAAAGUUGAUCACAGGAUGACCGUCGGCGCUGAAGGCCCAACCGGACGCAUCAAGUGUCUGCAGAAGCGACCCAAGGCUGGAGAAGAUGUCACUUUAUACUUUGACUUUCAAGGAGAUGAGGCUGAGAAGGACUACAUAACAUGGUUUAAAAAUAAUAAACCUUUAAAUUCAGGCUUGUGGGACUGCGUGGCAGUGGAAGAUGACAUGACUUUCCGGACCACCAUCACCUUUGAAACGUCUCCAGAAGAAAGCGAGUGUGAAAUUCGAUGCGAGAUAAACGAUGGCUACUUUCCUGUUGAAGAGACACUGAAACUCAAACUUUUCUAACUGCACACAUGCUAAUGUGUGGCGAAGUGGGUACCUGGUGGGUGAAUACGCCAAGGGCUCUGCCUCUUCAUGGUCAUCACCUGCACUGCUGUCACGACUCAAGUGUGCCUUAAAGGAGACGGUUCCACACGUCUUAACCUCAUGCGCGGUGCAGGAAGCCUACGAGUCCCAGUUCCUUGUCGUGAUCCUCACUCACAUGUUCUCUACUGACUAGUGAGGGGAUGCCACACCAAAAAGAUGAAAUGUAACGUCACACAUGAGAAAUGUGGCAUGUGACAGGAGGCCAUUCCGACCUUCAAGCCUGUUUGUUUAGCUAAUGGCUACGCUGUCCCAGCAUCUCAUGCAGAUUCUUUAUAACACAGCAGCGUAUAAGGACAUGAAGUGACAACGUGAUCAUAAAAACGGUCACUAAAUGAAGUGGAGUGAGGGGCAGAAAAGAAGAAAAGUGGCCAUGUGCGGUGGCCGAGGUCUGUAGUAGUUGUGAUAGCCAGUGUGUGUUACGCAUGCCCUGAAGUAGCCAGCUGUGUGCCAGUGAUAUGCUAUGCUGGCCUCGCCACCUCUGUGGCAUUGGACUGAACAGGUGACCUCACAGGAUGCAAUGAGGAUGGACCCCUCACCAAUAUCCAUAAUGCACUGUGCCCACUUGAAGUGAGUCCAAGAGAUGACCCUCUUCACAGAUGCCACCUGGCUUCUGAAGUCUGUGAGCUCAGUGUCAGUUACAGCAACUGUUGAUCAGAUCACUCCCACAACUCCAUGUUGGCACUUGUGCCAGGGCUAUCAUCAGUAAGAGUGGUGCUUUGGUAGACCAUGUGACCGCUGACGGGUGGGUUACAUUCACUUCUCCACUGCAAAGAAAUCUGGAGUUGACCGUGAAGUGUGGUCAGCUCUGCUUAGUGCCGCCUUCUAAUGACCAAGGCGUGGACUCUUGGAUCAGUCACUUCACCCCAUGCAUGAAGCGCCUCAGGGUGGUGUUUGCUAUAGCGAGUCGCCACACCCGUUGGACUCUCCUUCUGUACCCUCACUGUUGGGUCUCGCCAUGUGGCCUUGGACUCCGUGGUCACCUGCCAUUGUUCACUUUUGUUUUGCAUAAACUUUACUGUAAAAACAAAACUGAAAUCUGCCAAGCCUCUGUGCCACACUUGCUGCGUUGCCAUGAGGCCACAGGCUGAGAUUGACUGGCAUACAGUGCUGUGAGAAAGUAUUUGCCCCCUCCCUGAAAGCUGCUUUGUUUGUGUAUCUAAACACAGCGAAUGUCCUCGGACUUUAAACAACACACAGUGUUAGAAAAUGGGAACCGAGUGAACACAAGUUGCACUUUUAAAAUCACGACUUUUGUAAUUCAAGGAGCAAAGUGUUCAGCACCCCAUGUGAAAAAGUUUCUCAUUGCCAGACACAUCGGUAGAUUUACGAGUGUCAGCUGAUCAAUUUACUCAGGACUCUCAAACUCGUCGACGUUUGUGUUUUGGCUCCUUGGCCAGCUGCCUGACCCAGUGGCCCUUUAGCUUCAUGUUAUGGACAGACGACUGGACGUGCUCCUUAAGAAUAUUCUGGCACACACUCCAUGUUCCUUCAACAGUGGCAUCAGCACCCAGCGUUUGAUUUACUGUCCAGUGCCAGAUAUGCGAGGCCUCGUGUCAUCCAGAGACUUUGACUUUUGACUCGUCUGUCAUUCUUGCAAAAAAGGCUUGGGGGUCAUCCUGGUGUUUUGCCGCUCUGAAGUUCCUCUUAAACAGCAGAGGCGUCUGCCUUACUCCCCCCAUAGACCCCAUAUAUCUCAGUCUCCCUCUGGUCGUGGCGUCAUGGGCGCUGGCCUUAGCUGAGGCUGGAGAGGCCCGCUCUUCGGAGAAUGUCCAUCUGAGAUCCUCUGUGACAUCUUGAACGAGUCGUCACUGUGCCCUUGUGGUCAUGCCAGCCUGCUCUACGUAUUCUCCUUUUGGAGAGGGCAGCUGUCACGGUGGAGCCGUAGAAAUGGCUUUGUCUCCUUCCCCUGAUUUGUUUCCUUGUCUCUUCUUCUCUUGAGGUGGUGACUGCACUGUCACGGCGAGGUCAGCCGAGUCACUUCAGUGUCGGGGUCAGCUGUUUGAGUGAGUGGGGGUGACUGUCUUGUCACAGGUCCUUGAUGACUUUAUUACUUAAAUGCACUAAGCAGUGAUUUAGUGACAGUGCGGUGACUUUGCUCCGAUUCCCUAAUGUGACAUUCUGUCUAAAGUUAAGAUUCCAAGAAGGGGGCACAUACUUUUUCACAUCGCGGUUGGCUUUGCUUUUCCCUGUAGACUCUGCACUUUCAUCGUGUGGUUUUCAUGUCUGCCCAGACCUGACUUCAUGUGGUGUUGGACAUUUUUGUGUCUGUUGAUCAAAUGUUAUACUGAUGGGACAGGCGCUUUAUAAAUGUAUUAUAAUUAUUUUAUAAAAUGUCUCAAUUCUUCUA